CGUUGUUGAAUUAUUGUCGUUGUUUUAUGUCGUUCUGACAGGUCACUCUCUCCUUCUCUCAACCUCGCCGCUAUCUGCUAUCGUCAUUUUUUUCUUUUAUUUUGCCCGCCUAACCGCUUUUCCCGUUGUCGUCGUCUGGUCGGUAUUCCGUCCGAACGGGGAAAAACACGCGUUCGUUACCUACGGCGCUUGCGCAACUCAACGGUUCGGCCGAGUGCGCGACAUGUCGCGUUACCCGACGUUGCGUUGCUGUGGUUACGAGCUGGACCGCACCAUCGGCACCGGCGGCUUUGGUAAAGUCAAACUGGCCACGCACACGCUAACCGGCGAGAAGGUGGCCGUCAAGAUCAUGGAUAAGACCAAGCUGGGCAAGGACCUACCGCGCGUCAAGCUCGAAAUCAGCGCGCUCAAGAGUCUGUCGCAUCCCAACAUCUGCAAGCUGUACCAAGUGAUCGAGACCGAGACGCACUGUUACGUGGUCAUGGAGUACUGUUCGGGCGGCGAGCUGUUUGACCACAUCGUUGAGAAAAGCCGUCUCAGCGAAAUGGAGUCCAGGAUGUUCUUCAGACAGAUCAUAUCGGCUGUGUCGUAUUUGCAUGACAAUGGGUAUGCCCACCGUGACCUCAAACCCGAAAAUGUGCUCCUGGACAAAGAACAGAAUCUGAAAAUAAUUGAUUUCGGUCUUUGCGCCAAGCCUCAGGGUGGUAUGGACAGUCUGCUAUUAACUUCUUGCGGUUCGCCCACUUACGCUGCACCCGAACUCAUUCAGGGCGUCAAGUAUCACGGCUCCGAAGUGGACAUCUGGAGCAUGGGUGUUAUACUGUACGCGCUGUUAUGUGGUUGUUUGCCCUUUGAAAGUGAUAACAUCGAUGAACUGUUUAAGAAAAUUUUACGUGGUAAAUAUAUCGAACCGGGCUGGUUGUCAUCGGGCAGUAAACGUUUAUUGAGACGUAUGCUUUGCGUAGACCCAUUGAAGCGCAUACGAAUCAAUGAGUUAAUCAAUGACCCUUGGAUUAAACUAGGGUUUGGUUGUCCUCCGUCUACUCUAUCUCAUGCUAUUGAUCAACGUAAGGACGUAGAAUGCCUUGAAGUUAUGAGUCGACAUUUCAAUGUCGAGGCAGAAAUUCUGUGGUCUCGUCUUUCAAAGUGGAAGUAUGACAGCGAAACUGCCACUUAUUUGUUGUUAUUAAAUUUAAAAAAGUCUGGAUUUCCCUUGAUGCUUAAGAAAAAAGAAAUACCCAAACCACAACCAGAGCUCAUUAUUAGAAGGCCAGUUGCAUUACAUACUCCAGGCCAAGAGAAUAGAAGAGUUGUUGGACGUGCUAUCAGGAGAAAAAUGGAAGAAGUAACUCCAACUAUACCCGCUAAAAUCAAAAAGAAUACUAAUCUUGAUACUCCACAACAACAGUGUUCAUCAAAUCAAAAUAGUCCGGCAGGCAAAAUAUUUUCAGGAUUAGACCGCGUGCGAAAAGCUUUGACUCCUAGACGUCGUAUUUCUACACCGACAUCAAAACAACCGGAAAUUUUAAAUAUUAAAAAAGAUUUAUGUAAUAUAUCAACUACAAUCUGUAAGGAUCCUGAAAAGGUGAUGAAUCAACUAGAAAAUGUUUUAGCUACGAAAAAUGUAAUUUGCUCAAGGAAAGGCUUUGUGCUUAGGGGAAAAUUAAAGAGCGAUGCAGGCGAUAAGGAAAAGUUGAAGCUGUCUUUUGAAUUAGAAAUUUGCCUUGUGCCUUCAAUAAACAGAGAGAAUGUACCUGUUGUCGCUAUUAAACGAAAGCGACUUAAGGGUGAUUCUUGGAUGUACAAAAAAAUAUGUGAGGAAAUACUUAAUUUUACUGGAAAAUGUGAAACUAUUCUAGAGUGAUUCUUUUCUUUUUCUUUUGAUUAAAUUUACUUGAUUUUUGACUGUUCUAAUUUUUAUUUUUAUAUAAUAUCUGGUGGAUUGUAUUAGUAAAUAUAUAUUGGGAUAGAUUAAAGUAACAUUAUAAUUAGUUUAAUUUGGUUGCUUCAAAUUGACGAAAUGUUUGACCAUAUUUGUUGAUAUAAGCCAAUGUUGCAAGUAUUAUACUUUUUUUUUGUGUGUUCUAGAAUGAUUUCUACUAUAAUAGCAUACAAAUAUUUUUGAAAAUAGUUAUAUUUAAUUGUGAUUAAAUAAUUGUGAUCUUUUCCUUGCCUAACUCUUAUGCUUAAAUAUUUUU